GGUCUACGCGAGCCUCAAUUUCCGUUCCUUAUCUGCUUCAAUGUUUUGGUGUGGAGAUGCUGUGGAGGAAUAUGCCGAUGCGCAAAGGGAGUCUCCAUCCUUCUCCCCACAGAGUGGAAACUGGAUUAUAUAGCCAGAGCUUCGGGGUUGUUCCCAGCAUAUUGCAUCUUGGAAGUUAUUGCAUACACAUGAUUCUCUACUUUAACUCUCAGCAAAGCCUCGUAGAUGAUAUUUCUCUGCGCGCCUUCAUGGAUUUGGUUCACUGAGGACCAUCUGAAGAACAGACAUGGCAGUGUCAACUAUGGUGUUCUCUGACGUGGAAAGUUUUCUCGACUCGCAUCCCGAGUUAUUCGAAGACUACCUGAACAGAAAGGGGAAUUAUAGCAUGGUGGAGAAAUGGCUAAAGACUCACAAGGCGAGUAAAAGUCUUGCAGCUCCCUCCGAGCCCAGAGAAGAGAAGAGCAACUCGUGUAAGGACAGCUGGGCAAGCAAAUGCGAUGGUCUGCAAAGGAGAGCCUCGCAGAGGCAGCUGCGCAAAACUUUCGCCAGAUCAAAGGCCAUCAAUGUCAACAGGACAUACGACGAACAUGUUAAUUACAGGGCCCAGGAGCCCCUGACGAGCAUGAGGAGGAGAGCUCUGCUGAGGAAAGCGAGCUCUCUGCCCCCGACCACUGCGCACAUACUGAGCGCACUGCUGGAGUCCAGAGUCAACAUCCCCCAGUACCCGUCCACAGCCGUGGAUUUUAAAUAUUACCUCAAAGAACACAACGAAAGAGAGUUUUUCCUGGAGCUUGUAAAAGACAUUUCUAACGACUUGGAUCUAACGAGUCUCAGCUAUAAAAUCCUUGUGUUUGUUUGUAUUAUGGUCGAUGCAGACCGGUGCUCCUUGUUUUUAGUGGAGGGAACGGGCAACAAGAAGACACUAGUGUCCAAAUUCUUUGAUGUGCACUCAGGUACCACAGUUUUACCCUCAAUAAAUUCAGAUGAAGUUCAAGUGCCGUGGGGGAAAGGAAUCAUUGGAUAUGUGGCUGAACACGGAGAGACAGUGAACAUUUCUGACGCUUAUCAGGAUCGUCGGUUCAGUGAUGAAAUUGACAAGCUGACAGGCUACAAAACCAGGUCACUCUUGUGCAUGCCCAUUUGCAACAGUGAUGGAGAGAUCAUUGGAGUUUCUCAGGCCAUCAACAAGACUUCAUUUGGAGAACUCUUCACUGAAGAUGAUGAAAAGGUGCUGCAGAUGUACCUGCCUUUCUGUGGUAUUGCGAUCUCCAAUGCCCAACUUUUCGCCGCCUCAAGGAAGGAGUAUGACAGGAGUCGGGCACUCUUGGAGGUAGUCAAUGACCUGUUUGAAGAGCAGACUGACCUGGAGAAGAUUGUGAGGAAGAUCAUGCAUCGUGCACAGACACUGCUAAAGUGCGAGCGCUGCUCUGUUCAGUUGCUGGAGGACAUUGAGUCACCGGUGGUGAAGUUCACCAAGUCGUUUGAGCUACUGUCCCCUAAGUGUAGCGCAGACACUGAAAGCAGUUUCAAAGACAGUCUGGAGAAAUCGUCUUACUCAGACUGGCUCAUCAACAACAGUAUCGCAGAGCUGGUGGCAUCCACAGGACUCCCCGUGAACAUCAGUGAUGCCUAUCAGGAUCCUCGCUUUGAUGCGGAGGCAGACCAGUUUUCGGACUUCCACAUCCGCUCUGUGCUCUGUGUUCCCAUAUGGAACAGCAACCACCAAAUCAUCGGUGUCGCCCAAGUGCUGAACAGGCUCGAUGGACAACCAUUCGAUGACGCAGACCAGCGUCUCUUUGAAUCGUUUGUGAUCUUUUGUGGACUGGGCAUCAACAACACCAUCAUGUACGACCAGGUGAAGAAGUCCUGGGCCAAGCAGUCUGUGGCUUUGGAUGUUCUGUCUUACCAUGCCACUUGCUCGAAGACUGAAGUUGACAAAUUCAAGGCUGCAAACAUUCCCCUGGUUUGCGAGCUGGGCAUCGAUAAGCUGUACUUUGACGAUUUCUCCCUGGACGUUGAUGCCAUGAUAACGGCCUCUCUGAGAAUGUUUAUGGAGUUGGGAAUGGUGCAGAAAUUUAAGAUCGACUACGAGACACUGUGCAGAUGGCUGCUGACUGUCAGAAAAAACUACAGAAUGGUUCUCUAUCACAACUGGAGACAUGCCUUCAAUGUCUGCCAGUGCAUGUUUGCCAUGCUCACGACGGCGGGCUUCCAGGAGACUCUGACCGAGGUGGAGACCUUAGCGCUCAUUGUAGGCUGUGUGUGCCACGACUUGGACCACAGGGGCACCAACAACGCUUUUCAGGCGAAGACGGGCUCAGCCCUUGCUCUGCUUUAUGGGACCUCUGCUACACUGGAGCACCACCACUUCAACCACGCUGUGAUGAUCCUGCAGAGCGAGGGUCACAAUAUCUUCUCCAACCUCUCGUCCUCAGAGUACAGCGACCUCAUGCAGCUGUUGAAACAAUCGAUUCUGGCCACAGACCUCACACUCUACUUUGAGAACAGAAACACGUUCUUUGAGCUGGUCAGCAAAGGAGAGUACAACUGGAACGUGAAGGCUCAUAGAGACAUGUGCAGAUCCAUGAUGAUGACAGCUUGUGAUCUUGGUGCCGUCACUAAACCUUGGGAAAUAUCACGCAAGGUUGCAGAGUUGGUGACCAGUGAGUUCUUCGAGCAGGGAGACAGAGAGAGAUCAGAGCUGAAGCUCACGCCCUCUGCCAUCUUCGAUCGAAACAGGAAGGAUGAAUUGCCAGGGCUUCAGCUGGAGUGGAUUGAUGGAAUUUGUGCGCCGCUGUACGAGACUCUUGUCACGUUGAAUCCCAAACUUCAGCCGAUGGUUGACAUGAUCAGAGCUAACAGGGCCAAUUGGGAGGAACUAAACAAGAAAAGACAACGAGGCCAGAGUGUGUCUACUCCCUCCAGCUCCUGCAGCGGAGACAGCACAGAAACUAGCGGCUGCACUGCGGCCACAACGGACAGCUCACCCUGCUACAGCAGCGACGCUGAUGGCACACCAUCUGAACCUGUUAGUUAGCUUUUGAUGCCAUCUCCAAGCUGAUCUCUUAGGCUUAUACUUCCUCUUAAAUGCAGCCUGCAACAGAGGCAGUGCAGUGCAUGCAGUGGUUCUUGGGCUCUGCUCCUCUUCGCUUUUGCUGCUAGAGAUGAGCUUUAGACUUGAGUGCGGCGCUAUCAUAGAGGUUUUUCAGCUCCCUUCAGUCUUCCUCUGCUGAAGGCUGACAGAGCUGUGUUUGGCGAGCUUGUCGGAGCAGCUACAAAUCAGCUGAUGACACCACGUCAGAAAGGAAACUCAAACCACUGUGUCAACAUGUCAACCAGUGAGCUAACACUAACUAUUCUGGGCAUUGCGCAGAUUUUCGGCUCUACAAGGCAUGGAGAAUACUGGAGAGGAAUGUUUGUCUCUGCUGUGGUUCGUUUUAUCUCGGUACCUCCUCGUUGCUCGCAUUUUGUCCAGGGUAACAGGGAUAUUUUUUGUAAAUCUGUAUAUAGGCUAUUAAGUUAUUUACAAGUACUAUUUGAGAACAUGUACGCUCUGGAUUGUAAUGUGGCUGUAGAGUUGCUGAAGGAUAAAGCGGUGCAGGACCUGUGACAGUGCUUGCGAUGCAAAUUGAGUGCUCCCUCCCUCCCUGUGCCUUGUUUUAAGAUCCUAAUGAAAAAUGCAUGGCCUCCUCACCAAGAUUCUUAGAUAGUAUGGAAAUCCAUGUUGAACCAUGACAUAUUUUUUGCCAUCAUUUAUAAAAACCAAUGACUGCAGUUAUGUUUUUGACCCCAUGUUAGCCUCAAAGCAUUAACAUUAUAUACAUAUAGAAAUCUAUUUUGCCCAAUUUUAUAAAUGCAGGUUGUCACUUGUCACACACACAAACACACACAUGUGCCUUGAUGAAGUUGUCCUGAUUUCAUCUACCAAUUUAACACUGAGAGCUGAGAAUGCUUCAUAUAAACUCACUAAACUAUUUUGUAAGAAAUACACUUAGACGAGAGUAUACCACCCUCAUACCCGUCUCUUAAAUAAAGCUACAUCCAGCCGACGGUUAGCUUAGCUUAGCAUAAAGGCUAGAAACAAAGGGAAACAGCUAGCCAGGCUCCGUCCAAAGGUAAUACAAUUGGCCAACCAGCACCUCUAAAGCUCACUAAUUAAAAUGUUAGAUUGUGUGCGUUUAAUCUAAACAAAAACCCAAAGCGUACUGUUUUAUAAAUGAUUAUUUGUCAGACUAUGUCUUGGCCGGGACUUUCUGCAGCCAGAAAAUAGUCCGACACAUUUGACAAACGGGGAAAAACUGAAAAACUGUUUCUUCCUCUUUCCAGUCUUUAUGCUAAGCUAAUACAACCAGUAUCUUUAUUUGAAAGUGGUAUCCUCUUAUCUAAAUUGGCGCCAGAAAGUGAACAAGUGUAUUUCCUAAAAUGUCAGAUCUUUGCUUUAAUCUGAUUUCUGUCCUUCUCUCAAAGCUCACAGAUGUUACUUCAACAGCUAUUAUAUUAUCCAAAAGAAAAAUGAAACACUGAAACUGGUAGUACUAAAGUGCCCAUGUAGUCACAAGCUAUUAUUAAUAUUAUUAUUAUUAUUAUUAUUAUUAUUAUUAUUAUUAUUAUUAUUAUUAUUAUUAUUAAAAGGUAUUAUUUUGGGGUGGGGGGUAUGCCUUAUGACUUGUGUUGUAGCUUUGUUAAUUGGAGUUUUAAAUUGUGACUGUGCACAUUGUGUGGCAUGGAUCUGUGUACUCUACUGUGUUUUAGUUAAAGAGCUGAAUUGAAGUCGACCAGAAACAUUUUGAAUCGCAUGUUUUAUGCAGUAUUAAAUUCAACCACUUGCUAAGGAUGUAGCAAACAUGUGAGCCAACAAAUACCUCGUAUUUUGAACUUCAUCAUUAAACACAUUAUCUCAUUGGAAAUGCAUGAUUUAAAUUCUAUUGCAUUAUGUUAUGUGAAUUAUGAAUAUCGCUGUUCUAUUUUUCUAUUAGGUCUAUGCAGCCAAACUUCUAUUUCGUCUUUUUUGCAAUGUAACGUGCUACUUGUAUUUCUUCUUUCCUCUCCCAGUUUGGUUACGGCGGGCUAGACUGAAAGAAAACUAGGGCAUGAAAAGGCAAUGUGCAAUGUUUCUGUUCAGAGUUUAAAUAAAAAUA